AUGACAAACCCCGCUGAAUCCGCUGUGCUACGGAAGGAUCGCCAAGUCAAAUACUUUAUUCGCUGCCUCAAAACUUUUCUCCCACAUCAGUAUACCUCCAAUGACUCAAGUCGAAUGACCUUGGCUUUUUUCACGAUUGCUGGGCUUGAUCUCCUUGGCUCCUUGGAUGACAACCUCCAGCCAUCAGAGCGCAAAGGCUAUAUCGAUUGGAUCUACCAUUGCCAGGUUCCGUCUGGUGGCUUUCGGGGAUUUCCAGGGACGAUAUUUGGAGAUUCGAAGAGGAACCCUUCCAAUGAAUGCUGGGACCCAGCAAAUGUGCCUGCCACGUUCUUUGCGCUCAUGACUCUAAUUUUAUUGGGUGAUGACCUGCGUCGUGUCAAACGGAGAGAAUGUCUACAGUGGCUAUGCAGUAUGCAGCGCGAAGACGGGAGUUUUGGAGAAGUAUUAGCAACCGAAGGAAAAUUUGAAGGAAGCAGUGAUUUGAGAUUUUGCUGCUGUGCAGCUGGUAUACGCUAUAUACUACGGGGACAAGAUGCGGAUUAUCUUAGAGAUAUUGAAGAUAUCGAUGUAAACAGUCUGAUCUCUCAUAUUGAGGCCUGUCAGUCAUUUGAUGGGGGGUUUUCAGUGUCACCGUUGAACGAAUCGCAUGCUGGCUUAACGUACUGUGCCCUUGCGUCGCUGUCAUUUCUCGGAUGCACACCUCCUUCUGCCCCCCAUGCAGUCCCCGUUGUUGUCCCCGGAACGGCAAACUUCGAGAAUUUAAUUCGCUGGCUGGCCUGGCGACAGACAACGGAAUUCGAAGAGACUGACGAAAGCGAUAAUGAAGAUGAGAGGGGGAGAGAGCGAGAGAGACUCAACUUCGACGAGUUGAAAGAAUCCGAUUGUCGAUCGAUUGAUGAGAAAAUAUCCUCCCUACCUGUUCUAUCCACGGCGGCGGAGCGGCCAGAGGAAGAUCUCCUCUGGGCUGGAUUUAAUGGUAGAUCAAACAAACUUGUCGAUACAUGUUACUCCUUCUGGGUAACAGGUACACUAAGUAUAUUGGAUCGUCUCAACGUAGUAAAUGUAGACACAAACCGUCGCUAUCUGCUUGAGAAAACGCAGCACCUAAUAGGUGGCUUUGCAAAAUGUGCCGGUGACCCACCAGAUCUCCUCCACUCAUACCUUGGGUUGGCGAGUUUUGGCCUCUUUGGUGAAGCCGGCAUUGCCACUGUUGAUCCAACGUUCUGUACUAGCAAACGAGCGCGCCACCAUCUGGAGUCUCUGCCCUGGUGGACAGGUUCUAAACCACAAUCAUAG